AUGAAACUCAGUGGCAUGCCAAUGGUGUAUGCCAUUUAUGCAUACGCCGGUUGUGCGAUUAUGUUUUUUGGUUAUGACACGGCUGUUAUGUCCCAGGUCAAUAUAAACCCUGACUAUUUGCGAACAAUGGGUGUUGCUGGCGGUACAGAUCGCGAUGCUGCAGCGAUUGGAGGGCUUGUUAGCUUGUGGUUCGGUGGCUUUGCCAUUGCAGACAGAGUAGGUCGGCUCAAAACAAUCCAGGUUGGAUGCAUCUGGGGAAUCCUCGGAGCUGUGCUCCUUGCCACGGCCCAAAACAUUUCUUGGUUUGCCUGUGCUCGGGUUAUAAGCGGGAUUGGAUGCGGUUACUUAAACACCAUAGUUCCAGUAUGGACUUCAGAGCUCGCUCCGGCUAACAUGAGAGGUGCAUUUGUUGCUGUUCAAUUUACGCUUGCUAUGGUUGGAUCUGCCUUAAGCUUCAGAGUAUAUUGGUUAGAAUACGCAUGCGUCAAGACCCGGUCGCUUUCCUUUGCCUGGAGGUUUCCAAACGCUUUCCAAAUCAUUUUCCUUCUCGUUCUUCUCGCCUUUGGACCAUUCUAUCCAGAAUCUCCCCGCUACUUGGCUAAAACAGGGAAAAUCGACCAUGCAAAAUCCAUUCUACAAAAAUGUCGCACUGACCCUAAUGAAGAGAAUAUUGAUAACGAAAUGGAAGAAACACUUGAUGCCAUUCGACUCGAGGCAUCAGAAUCCAACCCCAGUUUCUAUAAUAUGCUUUUCACUUCGGACAAUCUCCAUACUCGCCGUCGUGUUUUCCUAGGUGCUGGAGUACAAAUAAUGCAGAAGUUCACUGGCAUUGACUUCAUUGCUGUCUAUGCUCCUAAUAUUUUUGCUUUCUCAGGGUUUAAGGGGGAUACCCCUGCUUUACUUGCUGGAGGGAACUGGUUUGGAUACAUCCUUGCACUCGCACUGUCUAUCUACCUGUGCGAUCAUGUUGGCCGUCGGAAGAUGAUGCUGUCUGGUUGUACUCUCAUGGGAAUCGUACUCAUAAUUGGAGGGAUCUUAUCACAACAAACAUUGAAAUAUGCUGAACUCGACCCAGGGAAGGCAAACAAGUUCGGAGCUGGUGUUGCCGCCAUUCUAUAUGUAUACACCUUCAUCUACGGUUCAACUUGGCUGACUACAUGCUGGGUUUAUCCAACGGAGGUAUUUCCACUAGCAACAAGAAGCAAAGGCACCGCCCUUGCUACGUUCGCCUUUUCAGUAGCUGGAGGUACCAUCAACAUGAUUAUUCCAUAUUUGAUAAGUGCAAUCGGCUUCUGGGUUUUUAUCCUAUUUGCUCUUAUUAACCUUGUGAUGUUGGUACCAAUCUACCUUUUCUACAUUGAGACGGCAAAUAGGCACUUGGAGGAUCUAGAUCUAUUGUUUGCAAGCAAAAGCAGCUUCGUUUGGCGCGCAGAACAGGAAUUCGCUGACGCCAAAGGUUCUCAGGGGGGUAGCCACGGUGCAACCAAUUAA